GCUCAUCCUCAACUGAGCGCGUCAAUGGAUAUCUGGCACAUCAGGAAAAGAGCAUCAUCAGGACCAUAAGGUGUGGGCUGUAUAUAAAAAACUAACCGAAACAGGACUGGAAUUUCUCCGUCACUUCGACCAAACUAAACUGAGCGAUAAAUCUGGCAGCUGAAGGACAGCCAUGGGGGCUCUCACCCGGCAGCAAUUCUUUCAGGAGCUUCCUUUGGGCUGCUUGCUUCCAACUGCCCAACAGGGUCUGCUGCAAGUGUGGCAACUGCUGAUCAUGUGUUUAGCAUGCAGACUGUUGUGGAGAAUUGGUCGCCUGCCUGCAUACUUAAAGCACCUCAGCACAAUUGCAUGUGGCUUUUACACCCUCUACAUGUUCUUUGGAUUGCACAUGGUGUGGGUAGUGCUGCUCAGUCUUCUCUGCUACCUCAUCCUCUUCCUGUGCCGCCACUCCAGCACUCGCGGCCCCUUCCUUUCUAUCACAGUCCUCAUCUACCUCCUGCUGGGGGAGCUGCAUAUGAUGGACACAAACAGCUGGCACAAAAUGAGAGGUUCUCAGAUAGUAGUUGCCAUGAAAGCGAUCUCUCUUGCCUUUGACUUGGAUAAAGGCACAGUGGAAAAUGUCCCCUCUCCAGUAGAGUUUAUGGGCUAUAUUUACUUUGUGGGCACUGUCAUAUUUGGACCCUGGAUCAGCUUCAGCAGCUACAGGGAGGCGGUAGAAGGCAAAGAGCUUAGUGUCUCCUGGUUGGUGAAGGUGAUCAGCAGCUGGAUCAAGAGCCAGUUAUGCCUGGUGAUCUCCAACUGCGUCGCUCCUUACCUCUUUCCCUACUUUAUCCCUUUCUUUGAAGACAAACUACUGAAAAAUAAGAAGAGGCGAAAGAACAGAGGUUUUAUUGCAAGGUGGUUGAUGGGCUAUGAACACAGCAUGGGCUUCCAUUUUAGUAAUUAUUUUGUAAGCUAUUUGAGUGAAACCACAACCACACUGUCCGGUGCAGGCUUCACAGAAGAGAAGGACCAUCUCAAGUGGGAUCUUACAAUGGCUAACCCACUAAAUAUUGAGCUUCCCAGGUCUAUGUCAGAGGCUGUUAUUUCCUGGAACCUCCCCAUGUCUCAGUGGCUCAAUAUUUAUGUAUUCAAGAAGGCUCUCAAAUUCGGGACAUUUCAGGCCAUCCUCAUCACUUACACAACCAGCAUUUUGCUGCAUGGAUUAAGCUUUCACAUCGUAGCUGUGUUAUUUACCCUCGCCUUCAUGACAUAUAUUGAGUAUGAGUUGAGGAAAAGACUGUCCAUCAUCUUUAAUGCGUGUGUCCUUUCUAAGAGAUGUCCAUCAGACUGCAAACAUCAAAACAAGAAGGCAUUUUGGGUUUAUUUUAUCAAUGGAGUGUUUACUGUGCUAGCAGUGCUGCACCUUACCUACCUGGGCUCUGUCUUUGGCUCCAGCGGUGAUAAUAUAGACACAGACGAGGAUGGUAUGGCCAGUCAAACUAUUCAUAAAUGGAAUGAGCUGAGCUGGACAAGUCACUGGCUGACCUUUGGCCUCUGGGUUGUAUACCGCAUUAUUAUUUAAACACAGACCAAGAAAUGAGAUGGACAGGGAGUAAAUAAUAAACCCACAGAUGAUUUAUCAUUUGCAUCUGCAGUGGUGGAAAUUAAGCUCCCUGUGACUUCACUGUGAAUUCCUCAUGCACUGGAGUACUAGAGAACAAAACCUCGAACAAAUCCGAUCACGAGUACAACUUGGAUGCUGUGGCACAUGAGUGAGUGUCUCUGUGGCUUCUUUACACAUUUAAAGGACACAUCAUUCUUCCAAGAGCAAGCAGCAAGACCUAGAAGCUGCUUUCAUUCAUUUUAUGUGACAUGUAACAUUACAUAGUUUUAUUGUUAUAAUACAUAUAAUCCUACGUGACUCGAUGAUGACAACAUGAUUAUAAUCAGAGGACACUGUAUUGCACAUACACUUUUUAAAAGUAUUCUCAUAUGAACUUUACACAGAUGAAGGAAUAUAAGGUAAUUUUUUUUAAAGCAGUGCUUGGUUAGUUGGUAGGAAAGAAAUACUACCACAGAUUUACCGUCCUAUUUAAGUCGAAUCACCAAGCAUUUUGGAGAAACAAUAAAGCCCACGAUCAAUCUGGCUGGCUUUCAUAUAGUUUAGGGUCAAAGGCAAAGUCUGUUAAAGGAAAUUAUUGUAAGUAUUGAGUUAAUUAGGCAUGGGUUUGAAUUUUAUUCUUACGGUUUUGAUAGCAAAAAAGUGCAAUAAUUGAAACCCAAAGCUCAGCACAUAUAGUAUUAUCUAGACUAAGGUGCCAAUUGUGUGCAAACAUCAGCUAGACUUUAUGACGUAUAUAAGAGAAUUUUAAAAAUCUAGUAGGAAUUGGGUUUAGUGUUUAAGAAGAUACAUCAGACACAAAUAUCUUACAGCUAACCACAGCACAUAUCACACUGGGCUUCACACACAGCCGUACAGCAGUCUGUAUUUGCCCAUUUAAAGAGUAUCGGGUUUAUUUUUUAAUGUGACCAUGAGCGUGCAGAUUCUAAUUUGUAUUUCAUAACACUAUUGUAAAGUAAUAUAGAUAUUGAACUGUUUACAGGAUUUAUUAGAUAUUUAAAUAUUUAGCCAAUAGUAAGUUAUUGCAGAUAUUAUUUAAUUUCUCUGUUAUUCCUCUGUUCUUUGUCUUGUACUUGUGCAUUUUAACACACUUCAUGUAUUAGGAUUUUAUUUAAAUUCUUUUUUUGUUGUUCAUUUAUUUGCAUAGCUGUAGUUCAAACAUUAUCAUAGCAGAUUAGAUUGAUUAGCUGAUUCACAUUGAGAUCGUUAAUAUUCAUCAACUCAUUAAUAUUUAAUCAUGUUCUCUAGCAGUAUGUGUUUUAUAAUCUUUGUAUGAUGAUUUGUCCAUCCAGUAUUCAUUAGCAUUCUUAUUUAUAAGCUCCAUUUUGUAAUAAACAAUAAAGUCUUUAUAUUACAUACAAAGAUUUGGUGUGUGUGUGUGUGUGUGCUGGAAAAGGGAAAAGCAAAGUCAUACCAAAUGGUUCCCUCUUCUAGGAUCUGUUUAGGACCAUGGGACUGCUGAUAGCUGGAUAAUUCUAGUUGGCAGAGUGUUUCUAAACCUAGCACUGACACUUAGGUUUUUAAAAGCCGCAGCAACACACUCCUG